GACAUUAGUGACGAAGGACGCUUAGAAGGGUACUCGCAGUGCCAUUUCGUCCAUCAAAUCCGCCGUGAAAAAAUCUCGCCGUAUAUCUUGAAAAAUAUUAAAUCAAACGUGUUUAUCAAAAAGAUUGUCCGGGAAAUUUCGGCGGUAAAAUAACUAUAACUUUUAUUUUACAUAAAAUCUCAUUAGCGUUACAGGAUGUCUGAAAGACGAACAUUAUUAAGUCGCCCUAGAACUCGGGUGUACGAUUGCAAUUACAAUAUUGGAGAGGGUUAUUACAAACCAAUGAUGGAUCAUCUGGACCGCAAGUACUAUGGCGGAUCUACGAUUCCUUCGCCUAAACCAGCUAGAAGCUUAUUUGAUAGUCAUAAACUUAACUUAAGUCCGUCAACAUUUGAUGAUUUCCAGUCUUCCUCGCCAAUUAGGUCAAGGCGUGGAUCUGACUCUAGACUAUCAAUGCCUGAGGAUGAUUUUGAACAGGAGAUCGCAGCUCUAAGAAAAGCUCGUGCGGCUAAAGCAGCUGCUGCAAGAACAGCUUCAUUAGAACGGGAGUUCGAAUCUGCUUUCAACGGAUUGUCAUCAGAUGGCAUGCCUAGAUCACGUUUUGACUACACGGGAAAGGUUUUGGACUCAGUAGGUUUAAACAGUAAAGCACAAGAAGCGCUUGAGAAGGAAAUUACGAAGAAACGUACCAAGUCGUACUUUCAAGAGGCCGACGAAUUUGCAGCGGCGGCUGAACAACAGGCGACAAACAAAUGGAUCAAGGCAAAAAUACAGGAUGAUGCCGAAGAGCGUUUCGCCGAAGAAACUGCCGCAAUAGCAAGAGCACGCAAAUCCAAAGCUCGUUUGUUGGAUAUUCAGAACGAGUUGGACGACUUGGCCGAUCGCGAUGCAGCCAGACAGAAGAGGUCAGCUGAUCUCAGGGCAUUAUUUGCUGACAACGAAGCACUUACAGAAUCUGCCAAUUCGGUAUUUAAAAAGAAGUCAUCAAAGAAAGUGUCUUUUUAAUCAUUGGUCGAAAUAAAAAUUUGUCUGUAACAAGUUUCCGGGCUGUCUCAAAUGCCCAUCAUUAGUAACUCAAUUUAUACGCCAAGGCCCAAUUUAUCAAAUAUCUGUAAAUUUUAUUUAAAAGUCACCUAAUUUUCAUUUUUAAGCGUAAAUGACUGAAAAGCCAUUUCAGAGUCUUAAGACACAUUUCUUAAUAUCUCACAUUUUAUGUCUGACAAAAUGUGCUUUUUAAUUAUCUUGUAUACAUUGAAAUAAUUAAAUAAGUAAUAAUUUUAGAUAAGUGAAAUAUUUUGAUGAAAAUAUGAGUGUAUGAAAAAUGUUUUUUUUUUAAUUUCUGUUAUUAUAUUUUAUAAAUAUAAAAUAACAAAUUACAUAGAAUUAUGUGUUAUGAAUAUUUUUUAUUUGUUUUAAAAAACAUCCAACAUUUCAUAUUUUGUAACUUUAAAUUAUUGAUUCAAUGGAUUAGUAGAAUUGUGUAAUGAAACAUUUAUUAUUUGAAUGUAAUAGUUGAUAAUGGUAUCUAAUAAAUUUUAAAUAUUCGUGCGUUUGUU